AUGUUUAUAAAAGAAGCUUACGAUAGAAGGUAAAAAUAGAGCGAUGGGGAAUAAGAAAUUUUAUAGACUGAAUAAAGAAUUCAUAAGAUUGGAAGUAUCAAGAACAAUAAAAUGAACUAUGACAAAGAUGAAUAAUUUUUUAGCAAAGAGGAUAUUCCUUAAAGAGCAUUAUAAAUAAAAGAAACUGUUUAAACUUUUGUUGAUCCAGUAGAUAUAAUUUCAAUUAAAUAUGAUAGGAUAUUUUAGGUUUAAGAAAAAAAGAAUGGAAUAGCAGUGUUUCUGUUCCAAAGAAUCCAUUAUCAGAAGAAACCCAUGAAAGAAAAUUGGUUAAGAUUCGAUUAGGAUUAUUUGAUCAUCCAAUUCCAAAAGAGAAGGCUAAUAAAAUAUAUGAGGGCAUAGAAACCAGAGACAAUUAUUUAUUAGCUAAGAAAGGUUCAAGUAAAUGGAAUGUAAGCACAGAAACCAACAAUUUGGAGUUUUAAAAAAAUCUAAUGAAUCAAACAAAAGAUGCUUUAAAAAAUACGAAGACUAAAGAAGAGGAGAUUAUAAAAAAUUAUUUAAAGCCAAUAGAGCAUUAAACAAAAUUAUAAUUAGAUUUAAGAAGUCAGAAAAUAAAUGAGAAAGAGAUGAGAAAUAAUAUAAGAUAGGAUUAUUAAUUGGCAAAUCCUGCUGCAUCUUAAUAAGCAAUAGAUGGAGCAGUAUUUAGAUUAGCAUAUGAAGCAAAGUUGAGUAAAAAUUAAGAGCAGAUAUAAGUAAAGAUUAAUAUAUGAAUAGAGGAUAAAAACUAUACAUUUAAGCCUGAUAUGACAAGAACAUUAAGACAUGAUUUAGAAUAUAAAUAUUGUCAUAAUGGUGUAUGGUAAAAGAUGCCAGAUGGAAGUGAAGGUUGGUCAUGUUGUAUGAAUAGUACAUUGGAAUCAAGAGGAUGUAUAACAAUAAAGGUAGAUAAGAACAAGUGGGAUUAUUCGUCAUUUACGCAUUGA